UGGCAACAGGUGGGCCUGAGGCAGGGGGAGCGCUGACCGGACAGUGCACCCUGCGGCUCGCGCUGGGCUCAGCAGAGGAGGCGGCCACCAGGCACUUGCAGAAGGGGGCUGGGACUCACGAGGUGAUCCGGAAGAGGAGUGCUCCUCGACAAUGAACUUCCAGGUGACAGGCCUGGCCCUGGACAAAAUGAAACUGGACAGUCCACAUUCCUUCCUGGACGCAGAGGAGGUAGAGGAAGCAGACGACCAGCAACUGCUGGAGCCGGAGGCUUGGAGGACCUAUGUGGAGCGCCGCAACGUGCUGCGUGAGUUUCUGACCACAGACCUGAGCCCCCAGUUGCUCAAGCGCCACCACGCCCGCAUGCAGCUGCUUAAGAAGUGUUCCUACUACAUUGAGAUCCUCCCUAAGCACCUGGCCCUGGGUGACCAGAACCCACUGGUGCUGCCUAACACCAUGUUCCAGCUCAUUGACCCCUGGAAGUUUCAGCGCAUGAAGAAGGUGGGCACAGCACAGACCAAGAUCCAGCUCCUGCUGCUCGGGGACCUACUGGAGCAGCUAGACCAUGGCCGAGCAGCGCUGGAUGCCCUGCUCGAGGCCCCUGACCCGCGGCCCUUCCUGACUGGCUGGGGGCUCGUGGAGCAGCAGUUGGCAGACCUGUCAGUUGUCAUGGACAACUUCCUGGCCAUGAUGGUACCAGGGCACCUGCACGUCAAGCACCGCCUGGUGUCUGACAUCGGAGCCACCAAAAUCCCACACAUCCGGCUCAUGCUGAGCACAAAGAUGCCAGUUAUGUUUGACAGGAAGGAGUCAGUGGCCCAUCAGGACUGGGUCAGCCUGCGCUGGUUCGUUACCAUCCAACCAGCAGCGCCAGAGCAGUAUGAGUUGCGCUUCAAGCUGCUGGAGCCGCGGACACAGCAGGAGUGUACACAGUGUGGCAUAGUCCCUGUGGCUGCCUGCACCUUUGAUGUCCACAAUCUGUUGCCCAACCGUACCUACAAGUUCACUAUCAAGAGGGCAGAAAGCUACACCCUGGUGUAUGAGCCCUGGCGGGACAGCCUCACCUUGCAGACCAUGCCAGGACCCCCUGGAGGGCCUGCCCCCAGCCGGCUGGGCAAGCCCAGCCUGCCCCUGACCACACCUUCUGAGAGAUGAUUUUCUAAUAUUUAUCCACUAAUAAAGAGGAGUAUACGCACACCAAA